AUGCCUUUUUACGGUCGUCCGAGUAAAAAUUGCCAGAGUUGCCGAGAGAGGCGGAUCAAGUGUGAUCGUCUUGAUCCAGUCUGUUCGCAAUGCAAGCGAGCGGGGAAACCAUGUGGUGGCUAUCGCGACGUCCCGUCGUUAUUGUUCCGCGAUGAGAACGACAAGACGGCACGCCGGUCUGCGGCGGCAAAAGCCAAAUCAGCGGCCAGGCGCAAGCUGUUGGAUAGUUCGGACAGCUCUGAUGAAGGUUCGAACAUCCCCACAGAAGACGGAUUUGACCCGUCUCGCUUGAACUAUGUAGCCCAGCGAGAAAGAUCUCAGAUGGUGAUGAUCCCCACAAGGCCGGUUGUAGUUCCUUCUUCUUUGGAGGAGCAGGGACUGAAAUUUUUCUUUGAUCGGUUUGUAAGUGCCAUUUCCGGGCUGGAUGGAGGUCCUCCUUCUGGACUGGAGCCUCCGCCUUUCCUAAAGGCCAUUCUCAUGCAGUCGCCCCUGCGCGAUGCAACGAUCUCGGUUGGACUAGCCGCCAUGGCCAAUGUCAAUCAGGACCGAGCGUUGUCACUAGCGGCUCGGGAGAAGUAUGUGGCGGCCAUUAAUGUCGUUCGGAGGGCGGUCCAAAAUCCCGAACAGGCGAAUGCGAAUCAGACGUUUCAUAUAAUUGUGAUGUUGAGUAUGUACGAGAUGGUGUGUUGCGCGCCCAAUGAGAUCGAUUCCUGGACAAUUCAUCUGGAUGGUGUGGCAGCGCUAGUCAAACAGGCCAGCUUUAGCGAUGCGCUGAGAAACACCAACUCGCGUCCACAUCUGCAGUAUUACUUCAUUUCACUUAUCAGAUAUUUUCUCGUCCAGGGAGUAAUGCCUUCGGAGCUGCUCGAUUGGUCUCCGGAACGUAUUCACGGUGCAAUGCCGAAUCAGGCACCUACAAUCCGCCUGGUUGACAUCCUCAUUCGCUUCAUGAAGCUACACUCUUCCAUUCGGGAAACCCCAGAGCCCGAUGCAAGGAUAGCUGUAAGCUCUGCUCUGCUUUGUGAAGCAGAGUUAGAAGCUUGGGAACAGCAGCUUCCAGAAAAAUGGAAAUUCUCUCUGAAGAAGUCGAAUGACGUUCAACACACGUUCAAUGGAACUUAUAUGAUCUAUAACGAUGUGUGGGCGUCAAGAGACCUCAACCACUACUUCUGGGCGCGAUUGAUGGUCAAUGAGAUGAUCGUACAUCAUAUUUCAAGAAUAGAAAUGCCAUCGCUGGAAGACCUCCAGCAGCGACAACAGGCCUUGGACAACACUUUACUGAUGGCCACAUACAUUUGUGCUGGGGCAGCGAGCCAAAUGGGAGCCUUUGGUUGUGGAGUCCCAUCUAUAGGGCCCACGCAGUUGCCACCAUUGAAUGGUAUCUUUAUGUUGAUGUUCCCUUUGGCGGUUGCAGGGGGAGCUGCUGGAGCUGGCGAUGAAGUCCAUGAGUGGGUACUUGAAACACUUGAGAAGAUUGGGCGAACCAUGGGCAUUCGACGAGCCUUGGAGAUGAUACCCACACUCAAGCAAGUCCGUGAGCGCAAGAUGAGAGAACUAGGCAUGGUGAAAUGA